AUGGUUCUGAUAGAUGACUUGACCAAUCAUCUGUACAAGAAUACAGAAUAUCCUAGCUUUCUCUGGCGCAGCGGUUCCUACUCGGUCCUCCUAAGCAUUCAUGCUAUUUGUCGCGCCGCUCUCUAUGGCCUCAAUAAGACAGAAGUACAUGGUCUGCCACGCUUCCUCGAGUUGCUGAAGGCUCGAGCAGACUACAAAACCCGAACACGUGGUUUAUUGACCGUCAGCAACCACAUCUCUGUCAUCGAUGAUCCGGUAAUAUGGGGUGUCCUGCCUCUAUCAUUCGCUGCUUUCUAUGGCUAUCAGAGUCACAGAUGGAGUUUUGCAAGUCAUGACUUGUGCUUUACGAACACGCCGUUAUCCCACUUCUUCUCGCUGGGCCAAUGUUUCCCUACACACCGCAUCAAGCACUCGAAACAUGGAGGGCUAUUCCAGCCUACGUUUACUGAGGCAAUACGCAUGCUGUCACAUCCGAAGGCGGACUCGGCAAUUGUGAAGAGAAGUGGUCAUUUGUCAUGGCCUCGGAACGCGAUCGACCCUCUCAGUCCUCUUCAACCUCCUCCAGCCUUCCCAUCCCAACCAUACGAUGUUCGCGCCUACAACGCUCCUUCUCGAUACGCGGUCAAUAGCUAUUCUUGGGUGCACAUCUUCCCUGAAGGUUUUAUACACCAGACCGACCCCUCAGAACGCAACGUUCGCUACUUCAAAUGGGGAGUCUCACGCCUAAUACUCGAGCCGGUUGAGUGUCCCGACAUAGUCCCUAUGUUCAUCGAGGGCACAGAUAGAAUAAUGCACGAAAGCAGGACGUUUCCCAGAUUCAUACCACGCAUGUUCAACAAGGUUGUGGUGAGCUUUGGCGAUGAAGUCGACGUCGAAGACAUAUUCGGUGAUUUGAGGAAACGUUGGCGAGAACUUUGUGACAAGGAGAACGAGAAACUCUUGCAAGAACUCAAGCAUGAACCUCGACCUUCGGUACAGUCUUACUACAAUAUACGAGGUAGAGACCUGCAUGUUGAAGAGCAUCGUCAGCGGUUACUGGACCAGUUGUACAAACAGCAGUUGGGCGUGGUCAGUGAAAAGCUCAAAUAUGAUCCAGAAGUUGUUGAAAUGAGGAAAGAGUGUACGAAACGUGUCAGAGACCUUGUGCUGAACGUCAGGAGGGGACGGGGUUACCCCGAUGAGGACCCCAAGAGUGGUAUUGCUGAGACGUGGAAGUUGGAGGGUCCAAAAAGAGAAGGAAAGAUGGAGGAUGACAGCUGGGUUAAAGAGACGUAG